UAUGUUUUUUUUCAAGAAUAUAGGGAGCAUUUUAUACGGCCUUUGGAGCAUUGUAUUUCUAAUCUAGGGGUUAGCUGGUUGACAAAGUUCUUUGGCAAUAGACCGUAUUUGCUUAUCUUCAGGAUGACUUCUUCCUGCAUAAGGGAAUUAUUUUGGAACAAGAAAUGGAUAUCUGUGCCAAGGGCGAUCGUUGGCCUGUAAAAGAUUCUGAUUUGUGCUUGUUGCAGCUUUAAGAACUGCUAUUUAGGGCAAAACUCUUGUUCAAACUGUAACCUAUAUUUCCGCUUUAUUACUGCCGUAAGGACUCGUCUAACAUCUUGUUUCAGCUGUGGACGAGUGGAUGACAGUCUGGUACCACAACCAGGAAGCCUGAAUAUGCUUUUUUACCAACAAGGCCACUUAAUUAGAAAAGUCAGCAUUUCCAAGAAGGUUUGAAGCACCAGUGAACUAGCACCCUAAUUUGCCUAAUUGAAAUGGCAUCAGUAUCAAUGGUACCAUCUAUUCGCCGCCUUGAUGAGACGGUUGUCAACAGAAUCGCUGCCGGAGAAGUGGUCCAGAGGCCAGCAAAUGCUUUGAAGGAGAUGCUGGAAAAUAGCCUGGAUGCCAAAGCCACCAAUAUAACUGUGACGGUCAAAGACGGAGGCUUGAAGAUACUUCAGAUACAGGAUAACGGAAUAGGUAUUCGGCGUGAGGACCUGUCGCUGGUCUGCGAGCGCUUCACCACGAGCAAGCUGACGGCGUUUGAGGACCUGAUGCAGAUCGGCACGUACGGUUUCCGCGGCGAGGCGCUGGCCAGCAUCACGCACGUGGCGCACCUGACCAUCACCACUCGCACAGCCGACUCCAAGUGCGCCUUCAGGGCGCGCUACACGGACGGUCGGCUCCGGGAGGACCCCAGGCCCUGUGCCGGUAACGUCGGCACCCAGAUCCUGGUGGAGGACCUGUUCUUCAACAUGGCCGCCCGGCGGCAGGCGCUGCGCAGCCCGGCAGAGGAGUUCAACAAAAUCUCCGAGGUGGUGAGCCGGUACGCCAUCCACAACAGCUCGGUGGGCUUCACGCUGAAGAAGCAGGGCGAGCCGGCCGUGUACCUGCGCACACCGCCGCGCUCCUCGGCGCUGGACAACAUACGGACCGUGUUCGGCGCCGCCACCGCCAAAGAGCUGCUACAGCUGACCCACGAGGAGUCUUCUCUAAAGCUCAGCGUGUCUGGAUACAUAUCUGGGGUCAACUUUGCCGCCAAAAAGUCGACCAUGCUGCUGUUCAUCAACCAUCGCCUGGUCGAAUCCACCGCGCUGCGGAAAGCCCUGGAGCAGGUUUACUCGUCGUACCUUCCGCGGCACGCGCAGCCCUUCAUCUAUCUGAGUCUACAGAUGGCGCCGGAGAUGGUGGACGUCAACGUACAUCCCACCAAGAACCAGGUGUAUUUUCUGCACGAGGACCAGAUAAUUGAGCUGAUUCAAAAGAAGGUCGACUCCCUGUUAGUGGGCACCUCAGCGGCCAGGACAUUCUACACACAGACGCUGCUGCCGGGCGCCUCGUCCGCGCCGCCGGCCGCGGACCUGCCUCCCGCCAAGGCGGCCGCCCGUCCCCAGCAGACAGUACGCACCAGUCACCGGGACCAGAAGCUGGAUACGUUCGUCCGGCAGGCGGCGGCGGCCGGCGCGGGGGACGGCGAGAACGGGGCGGCAGCGGCAGCGGGGGCGGCGCCGCAGAGUGUACGUCCAGUGGAGCUGAGCUCGGUCCUCUCCCUCCGCGAGGAGGUGGAGCGCGGCUGUCACAGCGGCCUCCGCCGUCUGCUGGCCGAACACUCGCUGGUCGGUGUGGUGACGGCUCAGCUGAGUCUGGUGCAGCACCAGACCCGGCUCUACCUGGUCAACCACCGGCGGCUCGCCGAGCAGCUCUUCUACCAGAUCUGCCUCUACCAGUUCGGAGCGCUGGGACUCCUGCAGCUCGAGGAGUCCCCUCCGGUGCGGGAGCUGGCGCUGCUCGGUCUGGAGCAGAAGGACGCCGGAUGGACUGAGGAGGACGGACCCAAGGAGGAGCUGGCCGACUGCGUCUGUCAGGUGCUGCAGCGGCACGCGGACAUGCUGGACGACUACUUCUCCAUCCAGGUGGACGGACAGGGACGACUGCGCGCCCUGCCGCUGCUGCUCGAUCACUACGAGCCGCCGAUCGCCGCCCUGCCCGGCUUCCUCACCCGCCUGGCCACCGAGGUGGACUGGGAAACGGAGCGGCAGUGUCUGCACGACAUCUGUCGGGAGAUCGCCAGGUUCUACAGCUGGACACCGGCCACAGAUGGCGCUGUGGGCGAGCCGGCGCGCCUGCAGCUGGAGCGCGCCCUACUGCCGGCUGUGAAGGAGCAACUGCUGCCGACCGGACGGUGGGCUGAUGAUGGCACUGUGCUGCAGGUAGCAGACCUGCCCGACCUCUACAAGGUGUUCGAGCGGUGCUAGAGGCGAUGGUCGACCGCCGGGGUGCGGGCUGAGUCGUCGACAGUGGUUCCAAUCGGAGCGGUGAUAGUUGUGUCAGCUGUUGCAGGGAGGGAGGACGGCAGACUGUUGUGUUCCGGACGACGGCUAUCGGAAAGGUGUGUGCGGCGGUGGGAGUAAAGACCAAUGGCAAUGCCAGGUUGUCCUGUGAACGAUAGCUGUCCUGCGGACGGCAGGCUGCCCUGUGGACGGUGGACUUUCAUGUGGAGGCCGUGCUGUUCUCUGGACGACAGGAUGUCCUGUGAAUGAUAGGCUGUUCCGUGGACUCCGGGCUGUUCUGUGAACGGCGGACUGUCUUGCUUUUGACGAUGUCCAUUGCACGGCACACUAUGCUGUGGAAAACUCGUCAGUAGCUGGUGCUGGUGAUGCUAAGAGUACAAAGGCGUUGAAUCGUGAUAAUACUUGAUCGAUUGCGUUAUGAAGUUGUUACGCUGUCAACCUGUUAUGAGCGGAAUACAUGAGGCUGUAUAAAA